AUGUCUCAAUUAAUCAAUUGCGACUUACAUAAAUUUUUUGAUGCUUUACAACCAUUAAUUGUUAUGUACAACAUUGAACAAAAUGAACGAUUAAACUUAGCGAUCAAUCAAUGUUAUAAACGAUUAGUCGAAACGGAUGCUAAUGAUGACAAAAGUAUCCAAAACUUGAUCGGCAACUUAAUUCAAGUGAUAACAGAAGACAAAGUUUCUAAUAAAAAUUAUACUGCUAUUGUUAGUAUUUGUGAAAAAAUUGAUUUAUCAGAAUGUUUCAAUUUUGCUUAUGAUCUUAGUCAAUUAUUUAUAUCUUAUUAUGUUACACCAUUAUUAGAAGAACUCAAUGAUUAUAAAACUGAUUUUAGUAGUUGGAGAUUAUUUAAUGAACAGUUGACAAUUAUGAAGCGACGAAUUAAAAAUGCCGAAAUAAAUUCAAUUGUAUUAAAAGAUUUUGUUGCACCAUUACAAAAGGAAUUAGAUAAAUAUAACAUUGAUAUUCUACGUUUACACGACAUGAUUCAUAACAGAUACUUAUUGAAUCAUGUAGAUAUUUGUACAAUUGAAGAACAACAAGAUUUCAUUGAUCAGUUAGAUGAAUAUAAAUUUUCGACAAAAUUUAUCUAUUGUGAUCUAGCAACAACAAUGGUUAAUUUAUUAAAACAAGCAUCAUUAAAGCAAUAUGAAAACUAA